AUGGCCACGCCAGAUCGUGUCGUUCCGAUGCGCGUCAUCGUCUGUGGCGUGCAGCGAACAGGAACACUGAGCAUGCGUUUGGCUCUCAAACAGCUGGGUUUCAACGAUUGCUACCACAUGCAGAACCUCAUUGAGAACCCCGAACAGGAAUGUCCGCAAUGGGUCCACCUCAUCGAGGCUCAGUAUGGUGGAAAAGGCACCGUCACCAGAGCCGACUUUGACAAGGUGCUGGGCAACUCGCAGGCUUGCGUCGAUGUUCCGGCGGCGCUCUUCGGCGUCGAGCUGGCGGCCAUGUAUCCGGAAGCCAAAGUCAUCAUCCUGAAUCGCGAUCCGGAAAAGUGGUACUACAGCACCCUGGAGUCCGUCAUCAUGGCGGCGAAUCCUGCAUCGCCGUGGGUCAAGCUGCAGAUGCUCUUCUGCUUCGUCUUUGAUCCGGCGUCCCGCGCAUUUGCCCGCUUCGGCAUGGCCAUGUCCGGGCUCGCCUUUCGAUACAAUCACCGGACGGAAAAGGACAAGGCCCUCGCCUGGUACGCGGGCAUAUACAAGCGCUUCCGCGAUGAGAUUCCCGAGGCGCGCCGCUUCGAGUAUAAGAUCCAGGACGGCUGGGGCCCGCUUUGCGCAUAUCUCGAGGUUCCCGUGCCGACGGUUAAGGAUGAGCAGAUGGGAGAGGAAGUGGAGGCGCCGUUCCCGCAUGUCAACGACCGCGAGACGUUCCAGAAGGACACGCGGAAGAGGAGGGCUCGGGCAUUAAGACGGGCACGGGACAAUCUGGUUGUGGGGGCUGGCAAGAUGGCUGUUAUCGCGGCCAUGGGCUAUGUCGGAUAUGCUGUGUGGAAGACACGCCUUGGAGGGAGGUUUUGA